AAGCUUUAUAAAAAGUUCUUCUCUCACUUUCACUCUUUUAAAAAGCCUUUUAGUUAAAAAUUUCCAUUAUUUUCUCCCAAAAAUCCCCAAAUGGGCAAAGCAAUCAAGUGGUUGAAAGGUUUGUUUGGUAUUAAAAAAUUACAGAUUGAUGAAAAGGGCAAAAUUGGAACAACAUGUUUCGGGCAUUCCGGUAGAGACACCACCGCUGUCGCCGUCGCCGCCGUGUCCGACCGGUUAUGUCACAAUCCGACGACUAUUCCGCCCAACAUUACUCCGGCGGAAGCGGCGUGGCUGAGCUCUUUUUACGGUGACGAAUCUGAUAAGGAACAGAGCAAGCAUGCAAUUGCGGUGGCUGCGGCCACCGCUGCGGCGGCGGAUGCUGCCGUCGCCGCGGCACAAGCGGCGGUGGCGGUGGUGAAAUUGACUAGCCAAGGCAGAAGAUCCGCCGUGUAUGGCCGGGAAAAAUUGGCUGCAACCAAAAUUCAAACGGUGUUUCGUGGUUUUUUGGCAAGAAAGGCAUUGAGGGCAUUAAAAGGAUUAGUAAAAUUACAAGCAUUGGUUAGGGGUUAUUUGGUAAGAAGACAAGCUAAUGCUACACUUUAUAGUAUGCAAGCAUUAAUGAGAGCACAAGCAAGUGUUCGUGCCCAAAAAAUAAAAGGAGGCUUCUUCAUUAAUCAUCAAAAUUCUCAAUUUCAACCAAGAAAAUCACUUGAAAAGUUUGAAGAAUUAAGAAGUGGAAGUACAAAACAAAUGCCUAGUAGAAGGCUAUCAUCAUCAUUUGAGGCUAACAACAUAAAUGAAGAAAGUGCUAAAAUUGUAGAAAUGGAUACUGGAAGGCCCAAAUCAAGAUCCAGAAGAACAAACACUUGGGCUUCUAAUCCAUGUGAUGAUCCAUUUGAAGAAGUGCUACCUUCAUGGGCCUCAGAUUGGGCCCAACAACCAGUAGGAACAGCCCAAAGUACACCAAGGUUUGCAAAUUCUUGUGGAUCUAAUACACCAACAGCCAAAAGUGUUUGUGUUGAAAGUCAUUAUUUUAGGAAUAAUUAUUAUGACACUAAUAAUAAUUAUUAUCCUAAUUACAUGGCUAAAACACAAUCAUUUAAGGCUAAAUUAAGAUCUCAUAGUGCACCAAAACAAAGGCCAGAGUUAGGUCCUAAGGUGAAAAAAAUGUCAUUAAAUGAAAUGAUGGAAUCUAGGGUUUCAUUAAGUGGUGUUAAAAUGCAAAGAUCGUGUUCGCAAGCACAAGAAAAAAUCAGUAUCAAUUUCAAGAAUGUUGUUAUGAGCAAACUCGGAAAUUCAUCAGAGUUUACUACAAGAGUACAAAGAAGGUGA